AUGUCCAACGUCGAUAUUAAGGCAGCCGGGUGGAAGUUGAUCGAGGUUGGUCGAGUGGUCACCCUUCGAUCAGGACCGUAUGAGGGCAAACUCGCAACCAUCGUCGAGAUAAUAGACCCUGGCAGAAUCUUGGUUGAUGGACCCUCAUCGAAAGAAGGCGCAGUUGUUCCCCGACAGGCAGUUCCCACCAGCAUCAUUUCCCUCACACCCUGGGUCAUUCCCAAUCUACCAAAGGCCGCCGGUACUGGACCGGUGAAGAAGCUGUGGGAGAAGCAUGAGGUAGACAAGAAGUGGGCCGAGUCGAGCUGGGCUAAGAAGCGAGAACAACAAGACCGACGGAAGAACCUAACAGACUUCGAGCGAUUCAAGGUGCUGAGACUCAAGAAACAGGUGAGAACCCCAACAUUCUACGAGGGCACGAUUCGAGGUAUCGAAGGCACACGCAAAGAUCCGCGCAUCAGCAAAGGCAUAAAUUCGGGCAUGAUUCCAGGCGUCAAUUCCAUUAUCAAACACCCUGUCUUUUCGAAGAUGGGAACGAAAGAUAUGCAGGGCUUGUGGGCAUAUCACCAGAACCUCGGUCGUCAGGAGACUGACUGA